AUUUAUGGAGGACGGCAGAGGAAGUUGCGAGUCGCACGACGACAGCGAUUUUUAAGGCGAUCUGUAUCUUCGAAUACCUACAAACCCGUCUAAGCAGUGAUCAAAUUGAAUCAAUAGAUACUUCACAUCAUCAUGGCGGAUAUUCCAGAUUACGAAGGUGACGAUGAUAUUAUAGAGCAUUAUGAGAACCAAGAAUCCGAUGACGAACGUGGUAGUCAUGGGGAAGCAGAGGAUGCGACUUCCGACAACGAGAUGGGAACUGCGAGGAGAAUCGAUCCGUCAAAGACCAAGUCUAAGUCGCACGUAGUAAGAAACCCUGUGCCCAAACUUAACACAGAAAGACUGACAGGCCCUAAUGGUAUCCAAAUUAUCGAAAAGUAUUUCGAAGGCUUCAAAUUCUACGGCAAGGGACACGAAAGAAUGGACCUUGACAGAAUCAUGAAGAGACUGGAACAUUGGUCCUACCGAUUAUUUCCCAAGUACCAUUUUGAUGAUUUUCUCACGAGAGUUGAGCAACUAGGGACAAAAAAAGAUUUGCAAGUGUUUAUCAAAAAAUAUCGAUUGGAUAUGAUUACCUCAGAGGAUGAUUUAAUCACUCGUGAUAUUGAGAAAGAUGACGAGAAUGAGCAGGAAGAAAGCGUGCCUUUGGAUGACUUCGAUUUGCUGAUAACAGAACAAAUUCAAAAACAAAAGCAAGCUGAAACACGAGCUUCUAUUGAUGCUCCAAGCACUUCAACUGAGGAUGCAUUUGACAAGCUUUUAAUGCAGUCCACUGGUACACAAAAUUCACAAGUAUCACAUACAAAUACUACUGCUAAUGAAAUGAGUGACGAACUAAAGCAAAAAAUCGAGAGGAACAAGCAAUUAGCUAUUGAAAGAAGACUCCAAAGGCAGAAGGAGCGUGAGGAAGAAGUUAAGAGAACAAAAUUUGAUGACACGAAUGUAGAAACUGUAAGCGAAAGCGAUAAUUUUGUAAUCCAUGAUGAAACGAAUAUAUCCCAGAUAGAUAGUAUACCAUCACAAAUUAACGGUAACACAAAUAAAGCAAUUAUUAAUGAGACAAUAUUAUCAAAUGAUGAGUCAGCGAAGGAAACAGACAAAACCGUAUGUGAAUAAAAUAAAAUCUUGCAGUAAUAUAAGUUUUGCUGUUUAUGGAAGAUAUCAUAUAGAUACGUUUACUAUACAGUAUAAAAAUUGCCUCAUUUUGAAUUACCAUAUACUUAGAAGUAAACCAAAACGUAGUUGUU